UACUCCCAUGUUCACUAAAGCAGCUCUAGAGACCGAAGACAGUUCUUUUACACUCAAGCAAAGCAGCGUGCUAGUAUGGUAUCAGCAGGGAUGCAGAUGCUGGGCAUAGCCCUGGCCAUCAUCGGCUGGAUCGGGGUGAUCGUGGUUUGCAUUCUCCCUAUGUGGCACGUCACGGCUUUCAUCGGACAGAAUAUAGUGACUGCGCAAAUAACCUGGGAGGGGAUCUGGAUGAGCUGCGUGGUGCAGAGCACAGGUCAGAUGCAGUGUAAGGUGUAUGACUCCAUGCUGGCCCUCAGCUCAGAUCUGCAGGCGGCUCGAGCCCUGACGGUCAUCUCUAUCCUGGUGGGUGUCGUUGGCAUCCUGCUAGCGGCUGCUGGAGGGAAAUGCACCAACUGCAUCGAGGACGAGCAAGCCAAGGCCAAAGUCGGCAUCAUUUCGGGAGCCAUCUUCAUCGUGGCUGGAGUUCUGUGUUUGAUUCCUGUCUGCUGGACGGCCAAUACGAUUAUAAGGGACUUCUACAGCCCUCUGACCCUCAGCGCACAGAAGAAAGAGUUGGGAGCUUCGCUGUUUAUUGGAUGGGCUGCUUCGGCGCUGUUGCUUAUUGGUGGGUCAUUGCUUUGUGCGAACUGCCCUCCUAAAGAUCAGUACAGCGUUAAGUACAGAGCUCAGCCUGGAGGAAAUAAAGGCUAUGUAUGAAGAGGAACCGAGGGGUACUCCAAAUAGUGACUUUAAUUUGCAUACUUUGGUCUUUUUUGACCUGUUGUGUUGACUAUGCAUGUGAAUUUUACACUGGUUGAAUUAGCUGCCAGCAUUUGAUAUAAAGGUGAAAUACAAAGAAAGAUUCAGAUCACAGCGCUGAACAGAACCGUACUGCCAAACAUUGUGUGAGAACUGUAAAUACUUUUUUUCUUUUUCUUGCUGGAUUCACGCUCUGUGGAUUCCUUUUUCAGAUAUAGUGUUAAGGAUUUAUACAAAGUGUACAUUUAAUCUUGUGCUUUGUGACAGAUAUUUGUGCUAUGCUACAAAAGAUUUCAAUAUAUGCAUUUCAAUAAAUACAUUCUUUACAAACACA